CCUCCACUUGUCAGAAGAUGUUCCAAGCUGUGAUAGCUCACUCCAGGACACACCCUUGGAUUUAUUGAUUUUUUUUUCCUGGUCCUACACCUUAAUGCUGAUGGCUUCACCCUGAAAAUUCUGGGUCAGCAUGGAAAUUCAUCCCUCCUUAGUGGUGGAACCGUCUUACCCAGACUUGAUCAUCCAUGCAGGAGAGGUGACACUCGGAGAAAAAGAUCGAAAUAAAAUGGACUCGAAGAAGAAGAGACUGGAGAAAGCAAGAAUCACAGAGGCUGCUUGUGCUCUGUUGAACUCUGGAGGAGGAGUGAUUGUUAUGCAAAUGUCCAACAAGAGCGAGCAUCCUGUGGAGAUGGGACUGGACUUGGAGACGUCUUUAAGAGAGCUUAUUCCAUCCUCUGAUUUGCAGGCUUUCAUUGAGACCAAGCAACAAGGGGACCUGUUUUACAUUUUUGUUAAAUCUUGGAGCUGUAGCCCUAAAGAUGGUUCCACUAAGCCUCGAAUUUGCAGCCUGAGCUCUUCCCUGUACUGUCGAUCUUUAACUUCAAAGCUUCCCCUGGAUUCGAAAGAAACGUUUGAGUUUCUGGAGCGCAAGAAGACGUGUGUCAAAGGUAGUCUGACUGACGGCAAAGGUCCACCUGCUAAAAUUCCCAGACUCAUGUAUCAGAACGACCUUGAAUCAAAUCCCGCUUUUGAAAUUUUCCAAAGUGAGAGACUCGAAUAUGGCCAGCGCUUGCCGUUUUCUGAAUCUGCAUCUAUCGAGUUUAAACAAUUCUCUACCAGACGUGCCCACGAAUAUAUAAAAAGUGUAAUUCCAGAGUACAUUUCCGCAUUUGCAAACACCCAGGGAGGCUAUCUUUUAUUUGGGGUGGAUGAUGAGAGUAAGAGAGUCCUGGGAUGCCCAAAAGACAAUGUUGACCGCGACUCUUUGAAAGCAGUGGUAAAUGAAGCAAUAUCCAAGUUGCCAGUUUUCCAUUUUUGUUCAUCUAAAGAGAAGGUGUCUUAUAAGACCAGAGUCAUAGAUGUGUUUAAAGAAGGAAAUUUGUAUGGUUAUCUCUGUGUGAUCAAAGUAGAGAGGUUCUGCUGUGCAGUAUUCUCAGAGGCUCCCAUUUCAUGGAUGGCAGACAAGGAGAACGGUGUCUACAGCCUGAACACUGAGAAAUGGGUUCGCAUGAUGGUGGAUAUUGGCCCAGAGGCAGCUUCCAGCAAGCAAUCCUCCCUCGAUGACCUGUCUAAAGAUUUUGAAUGUCAGCUGAGUCUGUCCAACAGCCCUCCACACUGCAGACCAGUGUAUUCUAAAAAAGGACUGGAACAUAAAGGGGACCUGCAAAAGCGUUUAUUUCAAGUGUCAGCAGACUGUUUUAAGUAUACUCCUGAAUCCCUCUGGAGAGAGCUGUGUUCCCAGCAUGAGAGACUAGAGAACUUAAUAAGCCAGCAAAUGUGUUCUUUCUCCUGUGGUUUGCUGAUCCUCUCUAGAAGCUGGGCUGUGGACCUGAACCUGGAAGGGAAGCAGGGAGUCAUCUGUGAUGCUCUGCUCAUUGCAGAGAAUAGCCCCCCGACACUCUACACCAUCCUUGAGGAGCAAGAUGAGCUAGGUCAGGACUACUGCACCCGCACUGCCUUUACUCUGAAGCAGAAGCUGGUGAACACUGGUGGCUACACUGGGAGAGUGUGUGUCAUGACCAAGGUUCUCUGCCUGAGUUCUCAGAACAAUAUUGAGACCAAUGGGAACUCAGUUUCUCUUAUUGAUUACCCACGCUCCUAUAACCUUGCAAAUAUCCAGGAAAUGGAGGACUUGCUGCAGGCCCUUGUGAUUGUCUUGCUCAACUUCAGCUCUUUCUUGAGCGACCAGCUUGGCUGUGAAAUUUUGAAUCUUCUCACAGUUCAACAGUAUGAGAUACUCUCAAAAAGUCUCCACAAAACCAGAAAACUGUUUGUGCAUGGCAUGCCAGGCUCAGGGAAGACCAUCAUUGCCAUGAAAAUCAUGGAAAAGAUCAAAAACACAUUCCACUGUGAAAGAGAUAGCAUUCUCUACAUCUGUGAAAAUCAGCUGUUGAGGGACUUCAUCCGGGCAAAAAAUGUCUGCCGGGCAGUAACCCGGAAAACCUUUAUGACACCUAACUUUGAGGUGGAGAAGAUCCAACACAUUAUUGUUGAUGAAGCCCAGAAUUUCCGCACUGAGAAUGGGGACUGGUAUAUGAAGGCAAAGCGUAUCACUCAGAGAAUGAAAACUUGUCCUCAAAUUUUCUGGAUCUUUCUGGACUAUUUUCAGACCAGUCACCAGAAGGAGAGUGGCCUCCCAGAUUUCUUACACCAGUAUCCAAAGGAAGAGCUCACAAAAGUGGUACGCAAUGCAGAUAAAAUAGCUGAAUUUCUACAAAAAAUAUCAGAGAAAAUCAGAAGUAACCCUCCACCCAUCAUCCCCCGAGAGUCCCUGAACAUGGUCUGUGAGUUUAACUGGUCUCAAGGUGUAUCAGGCACCUGUAAGCUGCUUACAUCCUUGGGUUUGGAACAGAUGGCGAGGUAUGUAGCAGAGAGGUGUUAUUUUUUCUUGAAAAAUGGCUAUUCCGCCCAAGACAUUGCAGUGCUUUUCAGUACAGAGGAUGAGAAGGAUAACAAUGAAGAUAUGUUCCUGAGAGAAAUAAGGAACAGAACAUCUCAGAUAGAUGAUGCCUAUCAUCUUUACAUGUUUGACAGCAUACGUCGAUUCUCGGGCCUAGAAAGAAGCAUUGUGUUUGGUAUUGAUCCCCGUACAGCUGAGAAGUCCAUUUUCCACAACCUAAUGCUCUGCCUAGCUUCCAGAGCGAGGAAACAUCUGUAUAUCCUAUCUAAAGUACCCAACCCUUUCAACUUCUGAGGGGUGAAGCUCAAUAGUAGUAUGCUUGAACUGGGUAUAUAAGGUCCUAGGUUCAAUUGCUGAUGACAAGAAACUAAAAUCUAGUUGAGAUCCUUCAGGACAAGAAGGAUAAAGAUACUGAAAGACCCAGAGUUGGGGCCAAUCUGGGGCCAUUGGGAAAAUUCCCUCCACAAACCUCCAAGCACAAGGACCCACCCUUCCAGGAGGAAAAAAAGCUGGUUUAGUUCCUGGAACAGCUGCAAGCCAAACUGUCAUACGAAGCUACCUGUGACUUCCAACUGAUGCCCCACCCCAUGGAAAGUCUUGAACAGUACACUGAGUCCGAUCUGAAAGUUGUUUCAAUCCACCAAAUGUACAUAGUACCCUGCCUAGCUUCCAUUGUGCAAAUCCUGACCCCAUUGUUUGGAUUCUGCCCCAGUUGUUUGAAUUAUGCCCCAAUUGUUUGCAAGGUAUAUAAUCCCCUGUUAAAAUCUGCUCCUGACAUGUCAGAAUUAAACUCUUCUUGCUUUUGCACUGA